AUGGGCAGCUUAUUUGAAGAACACGAUGUGUUUAGAAAGUUUGUCCAGUCAUGCACUAUAGAUGAUCUAUUGACCCAGGCGGAGGAGGGUCUAAGAGAUGGAGACCUCAACAGUGGGUUAUCGGACCCGCCCACUCUUCAUCGAUUUUUGGCGGCCCGCAACCUGGAUUUAGAUGGAGCUCUCAAGCAGUUUCAAGAAGCAAUCCUGUUUCGCCAAAAGAAGGAGAUCGUGAGACUUUACGACAUUGUGGAGGUUGCCGAAUUUGAGCAAGCUCGUCAAUUUUAUCCCCACUGGACGGGCCGGAGAGACAAAGCCGGUCGACCGAUAUGUAUGUUCGACCUCGCUUGCCUUGACAAAACGACUCUAGCCAACUGGGACAAGACACGCAAUACAGCUGGUUGGACUAGUUCGCAACCUGGAGAGAAUUCAACCCCGAAGCCCGAUAUGUUGCAGCUGGCUUCUGUAUACUACGAUGGCUUUACUCGUAUGGUUCUCCCCUUGUGCUCUAUGAUGACCGACAGACCGGAUCCAUCAAAGCCAAUCACCGACUCCAUAUAUCUUGUGGAUGCUUCGGAACUAGGUUUAAAGCACGCAUGGAGCCUUCGGUAUUUUGCCCAGAGCAUAAGCUGGUUGCUAUCUACAUGUUAUCCUGAGACCAUCCAUCGUAUAUUUGUAUGCAAUGCACCUUCGUAUUUUGGCACCAUUUGGAAGUAUAUGAAAUCAUGGGUCGAUCCAAACACGGCAGAGAAAAUCGUGGUUCUCACCAGCACCGAGGUAUCACCCGUGCUUGCAGAGAAUAUCCAGGAUGAGAACAUUCCGACUGCAUUCGGAGGCACUUUUGCCUUCAAACAUGGAACGCUGCCCAAUCUCGAUGAAAGUAUCUUGCGGCAAUUUGACUGGAAGCUUGCAGAUGGCUUUCUGCCUCCAGGACCCAUCAAGUGGACUAAAGAUGAGGAUGGUCAAACGAUGGCGGUGGCUGUUGGCAUUGAAGCAGGGUCUCACAGGAUGAAGACGAUCGCGACUCUACAAACUGUGAACAAAGUCAACGGAAUCGAAUAG